GGCAGUAGCGCGAGCCUCCGUCUGUUGGUCCUCCUCUUCCGCGUGAGUCCCGAGGAGCCCCCACUGCCCUCCUUGGCUCGUGCUGCCUUUUAAAGCAAACUGACACACUAUGUCAUUCCCCACUCGGCCAGAAGACGGGACACGGUGAGGAGCUGCUGUUGCUGCUGCUGUGUCGCUCAUUCAACCCCCCUCUCCUGUCGCCACCCCCAUCGUCCUUGUUGUUUUGUUGCCUUUUUUUUUAUUAGUUAGUGCUAACGGUUAGCUAGUUCCAGUCAUGUAUCGGUAUUUCGGGGAGCUGCUGAGCCGCUCUGCGGGCAGUGCCCUGGCCUCGGGGUGCGUGGACUCCGCUCUACCGGCGUCCUCGACCCUCAUGCGGGUUCGCCACUAUGCCGACGCCGCGGACAAACCCGACGACCCCAACUUCUUCAAAAUGGUAGAGGGCUUCUUUGACCGCGGCGCCGCCAUCGUCGAAGACAAGCUGGUGGAGGACCUGAGGACGAGGGAGAGCCCCGAGCAGAAGAGGAACCGUGUGCGGGGAAUCCUCCGCAUCAUCAAGCCCUGCAACCACGUCCUGAGCGUGUCUUUCCCCAUCAAGAGGGAUAACGGAGAGUGGGAGGUGGUGGAGGGCUACCGCGCCCAGCACAGCCAGCACAGGACACCCUGUAAAGGAGGUAAGACCUGAUCCUAACCCCCUGAAUGACAGCUAGCAUUACAGCUAAUCUAAGGUAGAUGCUGGAAACGGAUGCUAGUGUUACUAUCCCGUUACACACAACUCAACUCUUUAACACGCGGAUUAACACACAGCUGACUACACCCCUGUUGUUUGUUUUCACAGUGUAGUUGUCUUGUUUGUUUUCAUAUGUCACAACUACUAGUAGGAGACUUUUUGUGCAGCUUACAGUGACCUUCCUGUAGCUCACCUGUGGCUGUAACUAGUUUGUUAGCUUCCAGGCUAGCAGAGAGCUAUCUGUCAAAACUGCACCACCUCUGAGGAGUGUUCACCUCCAACCAUCAAUCUAGAUCUUAUCCAUAACUAGGAUCACAUAACUAGUUUGAUCAAAACUGGAUGAGUGCAAAUAGAUGUUUUUGUGUGUUUAAUGCACUUGUUUUCUCAUUUUGUCUGUUACAAUGUGAUGCAGAAGACAGCUCUUAAAGUAGGGCUGGGUGAUAUAUUUUUUUCACGAUAUAAAAAAGUUACUCGUCAAUCUUAAAAGUUCCCCGUUUCUCUUGAAUGAAACUUCACAGUGCUUAUUGGUCGCAUGUCUUAUGUCUUACUGCAUCUGUGAGGUCUUUGUGUCUCUUUAACUUUUUGUCAUAAGCGGACUGAAUGGUCGGUUCGGUGCGGCGCGGACCUGGAGCAACUUCCCUUUUCAUUGGCUAUUCGUAUAGUCUGCCAAAACAUGGCAGAAUGCUGACUAUCGAGGCAUAUAUUGACCAUGUUUCAUAUCGAUAUCGAGGGAAAUGAAUUUUUGAUAUCUUUUUCGUUUUGUCGGAAGGUGUUGCACGAGAGACAGCGGACUGAAUGGUCGAUUCAGCGCGGUGUGGACCCGGCCCAACUUCCCUUUUCAUUGGCUAUUUGCAUAGUCUGUCAAAACAUGGCAAAAUGCUGACUAUCGAAAAGCAUAUUGACCAUGUGUCAUAUCAAUAUCAAGGGAAAUUAAUUUUUGAUAUACAUCAUUAUCAUUUUAUCGCCCAGCCCUACCUUUAAAGUACCAGGUGCUAAACCAUGAAGCAUUUUCAUGUGAGCUGACAAAAUACAUGGUUGAUCAUUGAAGAACUAUUAGACAUGCUCUGUUUCUCUCAUGCAGCGCUAGUACAAUGUGGCUCUGUACAGGAGUCCUUACCAUUCACUGUUUAAACAAGCCAUGCACAGAGUAUGAUAUGACACAGUGACAUACGCUCCGAAGUUCAAAGUUCAAGGUUCAAAGCUGAGCCAUUAUGGGCUGCUACUGCGGUGCACUGUGGGUAAUUUGCAAACGGAGGGGAUGUGAUGUAUAGGAAGAAGUCAGGAGGUGUGAGAGCUGGGGAGGGGGGUGGUUUUAUUUCCAGGCUCUCCUAUUUGUCAGCGGUGUGACAGGUGGGGGAGGGUGCCGGGUGGAGGAGAGGAGGCAUUCUGAACAGAAAGAGACGUGCCACUCAGAUCAGAGCGUUCAGACAUUGACCUGCUAUUAACACUCAAACACUUCUGCUGCAUCUGCUUGCUGGAGAAUGUGGACCUAUUCUUGGGAGGUUUAUUUCAGCUGAAGACUCCCUCAUGUCGCCUCCCUGCACAUGCAUGAAAUAAGAAUGGGAGAAGUAACAAGCUGACUGUUGUGGCAUCUUUAUAAACAACAAUCACAGAUGUCUCCUCUAAAAACUUGAUGACAAUGGAUCAGUGCAAGUGUGCACAAAUCUGCAAGCAUUUCAUGCUCCGUAGAAGCUCUCUGGGUAAAAUCAAUAAGGUUGAUAGUGCAUUUUUGCCCUCACUCAUUGCAUUAAAGCCAAAGGAGAUAAGAGCCUCAUCUUAUUUCCAAGUUAAAUCAUUGCCCAACUUCCUCUGCAGUUUUUCUUAUCUUCCACUCUUGUUCCAAACCAAAUCCAAGGCGCAGCUAAUCAGGGUUAACUAAAUAGUUCACAACUAAUGAAGUGUCAGAUUUUCAUUUAGGGCACCAAACAAGGGAUAAAAUGCGAAUUAAUUGUAGUUGCCAGUAAAAAGAAAUGUAAUUGCUUAUUUGAUGCUAAAGCCCUGAAUAAUCGGGGUUGAUAAGGGUUACAGCAGUUAUUUUUCAGUGGGUUUAAUCAUUGAUGUAGUGCACAGACCCUUCGGUUGUGUUCAGAUCAAACUGCAAAGUGCAAAGGCUGUUUUUUUUUGUGUGUGUGUGUCUGCAUGUGCUGCUCAAACACACACUUAACACAGCUGCACCACACUGCUCUCUACUGACUACUGAGUGUGGAUCCACAACUCAGUGUGACAUAAAGAAACCUUCAACAGAGAGUUUAUGGAAAGAUUCCCCUUUUUUUUAAACAGCCACUCAAGGUUUGUUUGGUCUGCUGCCUCCUCUUUGUGCAAAACAAAGAAAAACUCUUUGGGAUAUCGCUUUUUACUUCUGUCACAUUGAUAAAAGAACUGCAGCAGUAUGUUGGAGUUGUAUAGAUAUGAAGGGACAGCUUGUGCGAGACAGAAUAUAGAAGUCAUGCAGAAGAAUGUCUGAUCCUUGCAACUUGAUAUGAAGCCGUCCUUGACAAAUUCACACUUUAGACUCCAUAAAACCAGAUUUGUUGAGGAUUGUGCCACCCUCAGACAUUAAUAAAACUGUUUAUAGCCUCAGCCUCUAUUGACACUAUUAAAUAAAGUGCUUGAUUUAUUAUGCAUAAAUAAGAAUGAUUAUUAGGGCGCGACCGAUUUAUCGGCCAAUUUAAGCCUGUUAGAGACAAAUCGGUAAUCGGCCAAAACUCGCAGAUUUUCGCCAAUAUUUUCAGAAAUAAAAUGCGGAGAAUAAGAUUUGGUUUCACUUCGAAAAUGUCCCGCCAUUUGAAAAGUUCUCAAGAAGAUCUCAAAUUCAUUAAAAAGGAAAGAUGCAUAGUAAGAAAAGUGUAGAUAAACUGAGUUUGAAUUGAAUUUGCAGUCUGUUUAUGUUGUUUGUAGAAAAAGAUCAUACAAGAGUCAGAAAAGUGUAAUACCAUUAAAAUUAGUCCUGCUUUUAAAGCGAUAAUAUUUGAGCUUUAUAAAAAGCCCACCCUAAUGAAAGAAUAUGAGUUUCAAUUCUCUAACAGAAAAGAAAAAAUCCUCAAAAUGCAACAGGGAAAAGGCCAGUAACACUUUUUUUAGUUUCAAGCUUGAAUAUGUCCUGUUAAAGAAGUGAAAACAUUGAAUAACACCCAAGAUGAGUCUCCUGCGUAGACAGUCUCGUCCUGUUGGACCUUCAGGCCUGACUGUAGUGGUGAAAAAGGCCUGACUUUGGAAGGACUGACUCAUUUUCAGAGUGGGCGCAGUUUCUUCCCAAAAAUUGGCGCUCGAGUUCAGAGGAAUGUGUUUACAAAUGUGAAGCAGGCGGGCCGCUGUGGAAUACUAUUGAGAAUGGAUGUCGGGAUGGGGGAGGGGUUGGCACUCAGUUUCUUUCCCUCUCAAUAAUUUGAUCACUUCGAUCUGCGCGAGGUAAGAUAGAGGGCAGCACUCUUACAGGAUGCUGCUUUGUUUGGAGAGGGUCGGCCGUCUCCUGUGACUGCAGAAACACAAAUGGGAACGAGGGCACAGAGUCCUGUCGUUAAGAGGCAGUUAAAGAUGACAUCAUAGUGGGUGGGCUUUUCCUUAUGCUCCCAGUGAAACCCAUGAAAAUAGACACACUCUGAGCUUUUGUCCACAUAAAGCAAUGCGCUUUCUCCUCUUUGUGCUGUUUGCCCUUGGGUUUCCCUGUGUAAGCGAACUGUAGCUGAGCUAUAUUUGGUUCUGCGGGGGACAGCCUCACACAAACAAACACAUACACUGUGCUGCAGAUGUAAGACGGAGUAGUAUGUCUCGGCUUUAUGAUCUCAUGCACAGCAGCACACAGGCCUGCCCGCAUGUUACCGUGGAGACGGUAGCAAACCCAAUAACACAGGAAGGAAUGGCUGCAACUCGACGGCUGGGGUGAAAAUGAAGGGCUGGGAUUGGUUUAUCCGGUCUCCACCCGCCUGUUUCUGCUAUCGUGACUGCCGCACACCAUCAGUGAUCUCUGACCUGUUCAUGUGGGUCUGUGUGGUUGUAAAAAACAGGCUGAGCUAUACAUACAGUAGAGUGGAGGGAGUUGCAAUGUAGACUAAUGUCUUCCUCAUGUAGGCUGCAUAAACUAAUAGUAUGCAUUAGAAAGUGGUUGAAUGAGAAAAGCCUGAUUUUACCCGUCAACUUGAGGUAGAAGAGCCACCGAAUUAAUAGAAAGAUGGACAACAGGUCUCCAUGAUGACUCAGUGUAGUGUAAUACCCCUUUAAUUAAGUAUUAAAUGGCUUAUCAGAACUAAACUUAAUGUCUUGUUAUUGACAUGUUGCUCAAAAUCAGUGUUUAUUCACUCAACAUAAAACAAACCCCUUUUACACAAUUGCUGUGCUUUACUUAGCUCGCAGACAGACAAACCAUCUUCCCAUAACAUACCUGCCAGACUAUGUCACAUACAUACAUAACCCACAAAAUACUCUCUCCAAAGAGAAAGAGACUGAAAUAGUAAGACUAAAGAUAAACACAGCAGGCCGACAGACACCAGACCAGGUGCAGCUCAAAGUUUUAGAGUUCCUGCAACAAAACUAAAACUUUAACUGAGAUACUUUCCUUUGAGUAACGUUUAAAGUCAUGUUAGAGUGAGCAGCCUUAACAUUACUGAUGGAAAACAAGCUGCUGGAAGGUUUUCGUUUAUGUCAUUCAAAUGUCAACUUCAACAUAAUCAAGUUGAGUGGUUUCUGCAUCUUAACCUGCUCUUUCUGUGUGUGUGUUUCCCUCAGGUAUCCGUUACAGCACAGAUGUGUCUGUGGAUGAAGUCAAAGCCCUGGCCUCUCUGAUGACAUACAAGUGUGCUGUUGUUGGUAAGCAUUUCAAUCUUCAUCUAUUUCACAUGUUUAGCCUCUAUCAAAUCCAACUUCACUUUGACCCGUUGUUGAAACAGCUAAAAAGUUAGUUAGAGUCAGCAUUUCUAAUGUGGUAGCAACUAUCUGAGCUUUAUAACCUUUCCUCAGAGACCACUUCUAAUACAGCUGUACUCUUCUGUAAUGACUCAGAUGUUCGUAUUGAAGUCCUGCAUUACUGCCAGAGAGUAGUUUUCUCUCCUGUUGCAUGUUCAUGAAGAUUCCUGCGAUUUUUAAAGUGUAUUAUCCUCCUCCAGAUGUGCCAUUCGGAGGAGCCAAAGCCGGAGUCAAGAUCAACCCCAGGAAUUACACUGUAAGCCUUCUCAUGUCAAUCCUCUCCCGCCACACCCUUAUUUACAGAACACAGACAUAUUGAGCCGUGCUACCCAAUGUACAGGAAAGAUACGCGGAAGUGAAAACCAACACACAAGGCAAAUACAGCUGCUGUAAAAUUGUAAGGCGGGGCUGUCUGUUUUUCCUAUUUUUAUAUAUUUUUUUUCUUAUAAAUAAAAAGAAAGAAUAACAAGGAAAACAAGCCUUGAUCUUGCUCAAUUGCAUAAAGAAAACUAAAUGUCUUUUAUGGGAUUAGAGUAACUACUGCCCCCAAAGAAAAGCAGAUAUGUUUGUGGUUAAUUUUCAGGCGUCUGUCUGUCUUUUUAUGAGAUUAUGUCCAGGAAGUUUAGUCUGUCUUCUGAUGGAUCAUGUGAAAGAAGCAGACUUGAAGGUCACCGGCUGUUGCCUCUGAGCUCUCAGUGAAAAAAAAAUCAAAACAAAAACUUCACAGUUUGUGAAAAUCUGAAUCAGGCGCCGUUCUGAUCACUGUCUGGAGUGAGCUGUGUAUUUUCUUUUUCCUGUAGCGCUUUUUUGUGGUCAGUCACUUCCCUUCCAUGAAUGUCGUAUUAUUCUGUAACCUAGCAACACAUCGUUCUCUGAAACUCUACUCCACUGUGUCUGUCUGUGGCAGGAUAAUGAGCUGGAGAAGAUCACCAGGAGAUUCACUAUUGAGCUGGCCAAGAAGGGUUUCAUCGGUGAGUUUCUGUGUGGAAAUCUGUGAUUUUAACUGGAUUUAACCCGAUUAUUACAGCUCGCAGGAGUCUGUGCAGGCUGGUCUUCAUUUCAUGCAAAGGUUGUGCUGAGAGAAGAAUGUUUCCACCCAGAGAAGCAAACAUUUCCUGCCACAGAGUGCUGAUUAUUCAGUUUGAGUAACUCUGGGCGUGUCCAAGUCGGAUGAAAAGAAGACAAUUAAUCACGGUGAAAAGGAAGUCAAGGAUUAAGAUAAACAUUUCAAUUAAACCUCAAAUGUUAAUAAGACGAGACAAAUGUGCAAGCAGAAAAAAUAGACAUCAAAAAAAGUUUUGAUUUAUUAAUGCUUAAAAAGUUUCAGUGUUCAAACAAAAAAAGACUCUACAACAGGCUUCACAGUUUCUGUUGUCUCUUUUAAACUGUACUACUCAUGUCAUGCUGCAAGACCCUUCACUUUGGAUAGUUAUGAACACUGGAGGCAAAGCUGCACACUUCACUGCCCUGCUCUGUCAGUUUGAGUGUAACUCGCUCACACAGCUCUUUGUACUCCUAUUAUAUCUCCCCUCCCCGCCUGAGUGCUUCUGUAUUUUUGGGUCUUGUCUCAGGAUACAAUAGCUCUGAGGUGUAUGUGUGUAUAUACGUAUGACACAUGGACAGAGCCUGUCACACUGUCAUCCAAAAACAUGUUUCUUUACUGCUUUCACUGGGUCCAAAAAACUACAACCAGUCGUAUUGUUUAUUAUUGAUACUGCCACUAUUUCAAACAAAGACAAUAUUGACCAUUUGUGAGACUGAUAUGAGCUUCCUGUUGUACCCAGACCCCCUCUAACAUCCUAGUACUUUUGCAGCUCAUGCUCUUGUACUCUAGAGUAAGCUAUCUACUGAUAUCCAGUCUGCUAAAUCUUCUAGUGCCUUGGAUUUCCUCUUGUUUUUAACCAAAUUUGUCAAUGUGGGUCACAUGCUCAACGCAACACACCAUCAAUAAACCAGAAUCAGCAGGAUAGCUGUGUUUGAUCCGGUUUUAUUUAUUUAAAAUGUGAGACUAAGCCACACCUCUGAGUGGGCAUCAGAGGAGGAAAUCAUUGUUGCAUGAAGCAUUUGAUUUGUUUUUUGUUUCUUUCUUUAAGGUUGUAUGUCUGUAAAAGCAUCGUUCAUACAUAUCCUGUAAUCCUGCAUUCUCUUGUUUUUGGUUACCUGAAGCAGUUUGUAGUUUUAGUCUGUAAAAAAAAAAAAAAGUUGAGGAUUACCUUGUUCAUUACUUUCAUUCAAAUUGUAAGGAUCACUGAGGUGUCAGAAAUGAGAGCUGCUUAAAUGAGUAUUCAUCGUGUAAUCCAUGUAAUCCACUUCUCUCUUUCUCUCUCUCAGGACCCGGCAUCGAUGUCCCAGCCCCUGACAUGAGCACUGGAGAGAGAGAAAUGUCCUGGAUCGCUGACACAUACGCCAACACUAUUGCACACACUGUGAGUUUUCAUGAACCCUGGACCGGUUCGUGUGGGUCUCUAACUGGAUUUUGGUACUAAUCUGAAAACACUGUGAGUCAUGUGUAAACCAUGAACAGUGGUUUCUGGGCGCUGCCCUCUCAGGCGACCACUGAAACGUCUCUCCCUUUACACACAGCUUCACACACUGAGGCCUGUGUGUGUUUGUUAUCAGUUAAUCAUUCUCUGAUCAAAACCUGUCAAACAUUUGACCAGAGAUGGGAAAUAUUUACCCAUGUGAGUGUGUCUGACACUCUGGAAACAGACCUCCAGGGUGGUUUAGGAAGGGACACGAUUCUGUUAAAGUAGAUCUAGAGGGAAAAGUGCAGCCUGCUACAAAAGUGGUUUGGACUAAAAAGCUCAAUUUUCUAUCAGUGCGCUCUGUAUUGAGAGUGACAUUUAAAUGACUCAUUCACUUUCGUUAUAUUAAGGCUAUAAGUAGUGCAUGGAUUUAUAUUUUUAGGAGCCUGAGUAAUUGGCCGAGAAGCAGGUGUGGUGUAACUGCGUGCUAGGACGCCAAAUGCUUGCCUCAGCUUUACGUUUUUGUUUCUAGGGGGGUUGGAAGUUAGGUUGACUCAGUUUCAGAGAGCCACCUUGGAAACCAAAAGAUGAAGAUACUGAGAUCACAUCCAAGUUUCAUACAGUCCAUGGCAACAGAGUGCGCUCACAGUUACAUAGAAAGUAAAAGGAUUCAUGCAGCAUCAUAACACACCAUGGUCUCGCUUCAUAAACCUGCAUGUGUGUAGACGUCUCACUGCCAGUUUUCUCCGUGAUACUCAUUUGCCCCCUUUUUGCUGUCCUCCUCUCACCUCACAGUCGUUUUGCGCCCUCUGCUCCACAUACCUUUUGGCUGUGGAGUGGCUGACACAUUCCUGCUCUGGGUAUCUAAGGGCAGAGGAUUAUGGGUAGUGACUUCUAAGGUGCACUCAGCUAUCACAUUGCCUGGCACUGCAGCACUACAUGGCCUCUGACUGUGUUGGUGUCAAAAUUGUAAACAGUAAAGCUUCUGCAAAAAGUGAGGGUGUUGUGCCACCAAUGGCCACCAGGGCCUGGUCCUCUAAAGAAUAAGCCUGAGUGACAUUUAAAGGUAGGGUAGGCAGGAUCUGAAGAAGUGCCAGGUUUUGGGAGAAAGCUUUUUUGUAGAUACACCACAAAAAAGAUGCUUCUUUCGUGGAUUCCUGCCUACCCCACCUUUAAAUUCUCAUUAUGUCCUUUCGGUGCUUUAAAAGAUUCCUUCCACCUGAAAGAACACCAUCAGGUCUGACCUUUUCUCUGUUUUUUCUCCAUGUUUUUGCAGGACAUUAACGCCCACGCGUGUGUGACGGGAAAGCCCAUCAGCCAGGGAGGAAUCCACGGACGUAUCUCAGCCACCGGUCGCGGAGUUUUCCACGGCAUCGAGAACUUCAUCAAUGAGGCAUCUUACAUGAGCAUGCUGGGCCUGACGCCAGGCUUCCAGGACAAGACCUUCAUCAUCCAGGUACACAAACACGCACACCCUCACACACUCUCAGUGUUUGAUCAUUGUAUGGACAUUUUACUAGAAAGGAGAGAUGUAGUGCCAAUCCUUGCUCAGCUCAUAGAUCCUCAUGGGAUUGAAGUUUUCAUUCAAGAUCAUGAUGAGGGGUUUAGAGCUCAAUCAGAGCAGAGCCAUCUGUUCCAGUCUGGCCCUGAUCUCCUCAUAGCAGGGAACUGACGCAGACUUCUGGCCUUGGUCAUGAGGAGUGAUGAUUCAGUUAGAGAGUGGGACCAAUUAAAGUCUUGUGAUAGAAACUCCACAUUCUGUCUGCUCCUUUGAUGCCGGCCCCAACAUGAGAGGAUACUGUUACUGGGAGUUUUGACCCCAUUUGACCCUGCGCUACAAACAUGAGGGUCUUUCUUAUCAGCAGGGAAACUAAAGGUUAGUUUGUCGGUCUGAACAGAGUAUCUGCCACACGUGAAGAGUUCAUAUCACCCACUGAAUAGAGCAGGGCGACGAAUCUGAUCGUCACUUCAUUAACGUUCAGCUCAUGACUUCAUGUAAGUCAUGAAAGUUUCACACAAAGAAGCCAGAAGCGGAAAAGAGAGUAGAAAAGUAAGCAAUUCUUUCUGUAAAGAUCUGAUUCAAGUGAACUCAGACUGUAAAAAAAAAAGAGGUCCGAAAGCAGUUGAAUCUUAUCAGCAGUUUCACUUCCAUGUGUCACAUGGGGGCCCCUCACGUGUCACACACUCACACACAGAACAUUUAAACACUGCAGACCCCCGGCCUCUGGCCUCAGCUGCUUUCCAAGAAAACUUUCUAUAUUUAUGACUGUGUAAUGACUACAGUGCCCCCCUGUACCCCUAUCAGCAACACAAAGAAACAUGUUUGGAUGUUAUGAAAUCUCACACACAGAAGCAGAUCUACUUUUUUUUAUACUGAUGCCAUCACAAGUUCAGCUUCUUCUACUCAAAGGCAGAUUGUUUUCACUUUCCAGCCUCGGUACAGAAACAAACUCAGAGAGGAUGAUGUUUGUGGAAGUCUUUCUUUUUUUAAUACAAGGAUUGAGAAAAGCGUCAUCGAGAAGGUGAAGUCGUGGUCACAACUGCUGAAUGAUGACCCGGGUGUUCAAAAAGCUUAACUCUCUGUGUGUGUGAUUGAGGAUUACGCCGUGGUGAGAUUAGAUUUUCUUGGAGAUUUAUUAGUGAGCGAGGGGAGGACGGAGCAGAAUGGUAUCAAGAUCAAAGUGGGCCAUUCAUACAGCGGAGGCUGUCCUUUAAUCUCUGUCUCAUUGUGUCAGGUCAGCGUCGGCCUGGUUUUGAAGCAGUGAUUGGAUUGUUUCACUGCUGACUCGUUUUUUGAUAUGUAUUUGUUUAGAUUGUGGAAAUGUUAAUUUUCGUCUGAAGCAGAAUCCUCCUCUCCUCUAUUGUUUUUUACCCCCCCCCCCCCCCUUUUUUUUUCUACUUUCACUCCUUUUAAACCAACACAUGACACGUCAGGUCUUCUCAGUUGUCAUGGUGUAGUAGGUGAUGGAGGUGUUAUAACCAACAUCCGCCACAUGGUGGCACCAGAGUAUGCAGCAGACUCAUUCUUCACACUUGAGCCGAACACUUUAGAGACAAAUGAAACCGUUGUCAUCCUUCUCUGGUUUUACAGUGAAUAAUCAGAGUGUUUUGUACCUGAAUGUUUCCUGUCUUGCUGUUACUUCUCACAGGGCUUUGGUAAUGUGGGUCUCCACUCCAUGAGGUACCUGCACAGGUUUGGGGCCAAAUGUGUGGGCAUCGCUGAGAUUGACGGGGCCAUCUACAACCCCGAGGGAAUCGACCCCAAACAGCUGGAGGACUACAAACUGGUACGAGCUCUGCCACACUUAUUUAUCACUUCUUAAUAAUAGCAAUACUUUAAUUUGUAUAGAACCUUUUAAAAACAAAGGUUUACAACGUGCUUUGGCAUGCAAGCCACCCCUAAGUAUAACUACAACACAGACCUAACAACAGAACAACCCAAAGGAAUGAUGAACAUCAUCACUAGCCACAUAUUGACACUGACUCAUCAAUAUAAAACUAAUAUAUAGAACCAAUAUAGUAGAGGAAGAAAGGAAGAAAUGAAAGUGAUAAAAACGAAAGAAAGAGACAGUCUGCUUGGGAUGCAUCAAUUGAAGAAUCUAAGGCUGAUUCUAUUAGUGAACGUUGUCAGCCACUCAGGACUAUGAGAUGCUGUCUGCAGUAUGUGCUUAUAUCCCACCAGAGCAGCAUAACUGGAGUAACAGCACAGGCUCAUGAUUGGUGGCUGGGCUGCAGCUUAGACACAACAUAUUAACAGCAUUUUUGGCCUACAAUCACAAGGAUGGUAAAAACUUGCUCAAACACGGAUCAGUUUUGUUGCCAACUAGCAAGAAUGACUUUUUUCUCUUCCCUUCCUAGUACUUGUAGUAAAAUGUGGUAUUGUUAAGUACAGGUGCUUUAGACAGGCCUCUCCAGAGGUAAUACUUCCCGAUCAGCUCAUUUGUUAUAACUCUUAAUUGCAGAACCACGGCACCAUUGUGGGCUUCCCAGGAGCCAAACCCUAUGAAGGGAACAUUUUGGAAGCUGACUGCCACAUCCUGAUCCCCGCAGCCGGUGAGAAGCAGCUCACACGUCUUAACGCCCCCAGGAUCAAGGCUAAGGUAAACACUUUGACGCCCGAAUUGAUUUACCCAUGAUGCUUUGCUUUAAGUACUCCUAUGAGUGCACAGUGCAGUUAUGUGACAUGUAUCUUGUCUGCUCCAGAUCAUUGCUGAGGGUGCCAACGGUCCUACCACCCCUGAUGCUGAUAAGAUUUUCCUGGAGAACAAUGUCAUGGUCAUUCCUGUAAGUAUACCCAUGAUGUACUCUGUGAUGGUGACUGAUGACGUUAUCUGCAGACUCAACAGACUUCUUGCUGAGCAUGUGUUGUUGGACAUUUAAAAUCUAGAAUAAAUUCCUUCACUGUGUAUCUAACCUGUCUAUGAAAAUAGAAGCAAUGCCUCUUGGUAACAGGGUGAGAGACAAGGUGGUACUUUUUUCACUUAUCUGUGACAAGUGUGCUCCGGGUGGAAGUUUCACUUGGAUAUGUGGUAGGAAUUCUAACACUGUCACUCAAAGUUGUAAGAUUAACUGAGUUUUGCUCCUCUGUAUACAAUCUGAGAGGCGUUUUUUUUCUUUAGUCUUGCUCUUGCUAUUAUGUGAAUUUGUCAAAUGAAUAAUUUCACAGAAGUUAAAAGUUCAUUUAAAGUUUAUUCCAGAAAAAAAUCAUGCAUUUCCAUGUCAAAUCUUGUCAAAUUUUGCUUCACAAAGACAUAUAAAUCAUUUUAAACAGGCAGAGUUUAAAGCAGUUUCAAUCACAUACAGGAGUUCAAACACAGAGGUCACAUCUGAGCCUUUGAUGUUUCUGUCUGCAGGACAUGUACCUGAACGCUGGUGGUGUGACGGUUUCUUAUUUCGAGUGGCUGAAGAAUCUCAACCACGUCAGCUAUGGAAGACUGACCUUCAAAUAUGAGAGAGACUCCAACUACCAUCUGCUCAGUGAGUACCAAACGGCUUCUUUAACUUCAACUCAUGACUAAAGACAGACCACUAUGUGCUGUCAGACUACUGGACUUUUUAAUGUCAUAUGUUAACUCUCCACAAACACAUACAAAAAAGUUCCAUUAUGUUAAAACGAUUCUAAAACCAGAAACACUGACUUGGCUUGGAUUGUCCUUGCCCUCGCCUCCACCCCCUGCCUCUUCCUCGCCUGCACCCUCGCCCUCACCUUCACCCUGGCCAUCACCUUCGCCCUCACCUUCACCUUCACCCGCGCCCUCUUCUUCGCCCGCACCCGCACCCUCACCGUCACCUUCACUUUCACCCGCGCCCUCUUCUUCGCCCGCACCCUCACCCUCACCUUCGCCCUCUUCCUCGCCCUCACCUUCUCUCUCACCUCUGCCCUCAAUCCAGCUCUCCCACUCAUCGUCCGACAUGCCCAUGCCCACAUUAUCAAUCUCACCAGUUUGAUCAUUUACCCCCAUCAUUUCAGAUAGCCUUGCUUGUGCUUGUGUUUUUAGUCCUUCAAAUUCGCUGUCAAAGUCACUCAUCAGAUUACCCUUCACAACAGUCAUUCCAUCUUCGUAAAACAUAAUGGUUCCAUGUUGGUACCUGAAUUUGGUCCUUCUUACUUCCGUUAUCACGGGUUCAGGAAAUUGUGCUUGGAUUGCAUCCAUCCAUGCUCUUGAAUUUGAGUUCUUGAAAAUCAAGUUUGUUCUUGUACCACCAAUGUUUUCAUCAUAGUAGAGGGUGUCUUCAGGAUUGGUCAGUGUCUCUCUUCGAAACUCCCUUCUGUUUCUUCCAUUAGGUGUGGCAGGAAACUGCUCUGCUGCCAUCUGGGUCAAAACAAAAAGAACCAUAUUAAAUGAAAGUUUACAUGCUUUUUAUGAAACACAUUUGACUUGUUGUGAUGUCUUACCUUGUAUUUCUCUUCUCUUUAAGAUGUUUUGGAUCACUCAGUGUAGUUUGCUUGCACUCUGGUUCUUCAGCUGGUGGUUAGAGGUUUCAUCAGAUUUUGAUGUUACAAAGAGUUUGACUCCUCCAUAAUAUAAAAAUCCACCUACACAGUCAUAACUUUGUCCUGCUUUAAAACUUUCCCCUCAUUGACUGCAGCCAUUGUUUCAGUUUGUUUAAUGCUGGCAUUGCUGGAAUAAACUUUUACAUAAAUUGUGCAGCCUUAGAGGGAUGUUCCAGCGUAAAAUUAAUUUAGGGUCAAACACACCGCAACACUGAGUUAGACACCCCCUCGAGAGAUGAAUGUUGCCGACCGCUUACUUCUCUAGUUAUACCAACUUUAGUAACGACCGCCAAUAGCAAUACACAGCGGUCUGAGGAGCCAUAAACAAACCUCAACCAAAACGCCAAUCUAUAGCCAGGAGGAGGUAAUGCUCAGAACAGCACCUAACUUCAUCAACAGUACAUCUAGGGUCCCAGCCAUAGUACUAGCCACCAAACAUCUUUUUAAGACAAAUAAUGUUAGAUUUCCUUACCGAAUCUGCAGCAGGUCAGGCUGUGUCUCAGAUGUUGUGAGGAGGUCUCAUUUGGGAAACAUGAACAACACCUCUUAUACUCUCUGACGUGUUCCUUCUCAGCCAAUCACAAGAUGCUCCCCCAAACAUUCACACUAUCAGCGGGUAACAUUCACGCUUCAUUACUGUUCUGCAACCACAGAUACCCAAGAAAACUCGUCCCUCAGUUUUGUUUCAGAAAAAAAGGAAGUGAAUUAGACGCUGCUUGUGGAGCUUAGUAGUUGUAGCUGGGAAAAUGAAACUUAAAACUAAAGGCUCCCACUGUAUUCCACAGUCAUUACUUAGAGAUUGCUGAUUUUAGGACUUUUUUUUUCUGGAUCAUGGCUGAAAGCCAAACAGAAAGACUCUGCAUAUAACAUUAGAGUCUGUUCAUUACUGGUAUAUUUAGUUAUCAAUGUAAAAUAAAACAAAUGUCCCUGGUGUCUCUUAACUUCUUCAUGUUGUUUUCUUUUUCAGUGUCUGUGCAGGAAAGUCUAGAGAGGAAGUUUGGCAAACAAGGAGGACCCAUCCCAAUCGUUCCAACUGCUGACUUCCAGGCCAGAGUCGCUGUGAGUAAUACUGGCUGAGACACACACACACACACAAACUCACACAAUUAUUAAAAAUACACAUUUUCUGCUGAUAAAAGUGAUUAAACAUCUCAGCUGUGCUUUUCAUAGUCACUGUUUAGAUUGACUGUGCUGUUAACAUUCAUUUCUGUUCCAGGGUGCCUCUGAGAAAGACAUUGUUCACUCUGGGUUGGCGUACACCAUGGAGAGAUCUGCUCGGGUAAGUAAUAAUAAUAAUAUUAAUAUUAAUAACUUUAUUUAUAUAGCACUUUUAAAAACAGAAGUUUACAAAGUGCUUUGACAACAGUUGCAAGCACAGAACAUCAGCACAUGAAAAUAAAAACAAAUAAAAACAAAAGCUCAGUUAAAAACAAGGUCUCUGAAUUGAAAGCCAGUUUCAUUUGUCAUACGAAACCCAGGCAACACAAGAACCCUACAACAUAAAAUGAGACCAUGAGGACCAAAAUAAAAACAAGAAAAUAGGUAAGAAGAAGAAUGAAAUAGAAAAGAAGGGCAGAAAGCAGGAAACAGGUGUGAAAGCAGAGCCGAAACAAAUGAUAAAUGCAACAAUGUUGUGACUUUCAGCUCCCUAAUCGAACCAAGUCCGCUUGGUCAGGUGUGAAAGCGACCUAAGUUGUUGGGAGCAGUAAACAGGAGAAGUAAACAGAAUGACCAACCGUGGAGCUAAAUGCGGAGCUGUGGACAGCAAGAUAGUUGUCAGCCGUGACUUUGAGUCAUCCUCAGAAGAUGCCAUUGUUGAGAAGAAAAGUUACUUAAUGUUGGUUGUGUGGUGGUGGUUCAGGUAUCUACAACGUGACGUCAAGCAAUUAAGUCGAUAUGCAAGGUAUGUCGGCAGUCGGUGUCCUCAAAAACCGGUGACACAACAGAGCUGUGUAAUCAUUUAAAGAAGUACUUCCCAAGUGAUUAUGUGGAAAGCAUGAAAAUGUAAGCGGAGUCUGCACAGUCUGCCACUGCUGACGGCACAAGUAGCAUUAGCAGCCAUCAGACCAAAGCAGGAAUCAGCCGUAUCGUCUACGUUUACAUCAUCUAAUGUUGACAUUUGAAGGCGUCUUCAUUAUCCCUGAUUUGUUUAUUUUGGGUCUUGCACACCUGCAGAAACACUCAGGACUGUGAACUAGUUCACUGUAUUAAUUAAUAUUUAUCUACAUUUCUUGUAUUGUUGAGUAAAAAUGGUUUUAUUAUUUUUUUAUGUUUAUCUUAUUUAAUUUGCUUUGUUAUUUACUAUGUAUAUUAAUAAGAUGUUGAACUAAUUGCUGGUUUCUUUAGUUUUUAGCACGGAUUCCUUAAAAACUAGCAGUUUAAAAAAAUCAUGAUAACAAUCGAGAUCGGAUGAUAUGACAGAAUAUAUUGUGAUCAUUUGCUCUGUGAAAUCGCCUUGUCUUAGUUUCUGCACAGACUUUCUGCAUCAUCUGCUAUGCUAAUAAUAAAAAAAACAUCUCUGUUAGUUUACACGUUCGAAUGUGUCUUUUCACUUUUUCCAGCAAAUCAUGCGCACAGCAGCCAAGUAUAACCUGGGUCUGGACCUCCGGACAGCGGCCUAUGUCAAUGCCAUCGAGAAGGUCUUCAAAGUCUACAACGAGGCUGGGCUUACCUUCACAUAAACAGCCAAUGGUGCCCCCAACCCUCCUGCCGUUGAUCUUCCUCUCCUGACCCCGUUCCCCCAUCUAAACAGCCUUCAGAACAUAUCACUGUUUACCGCUGCUCUCUGGCUCUUUUACACACACAUAUACAGCGAAAACAUAGGCUUGCCUUGUAUUUAUCCUGUGAUCUCUGUGCUGCCUUUAUUCUGUAUCUGCAUCUCUGUUUAAAUGUUGCCCUUUUGUUCUGUUCGCCUGAGGUUAUAUUGAGGUAGAAGGAGAGUAACAUCCUGCCAGAAAGAAAGACCCCCACCCUUCCCUCGGCCCUCAUGUUAAACGUUUGCGAUGUUGCGUGGCUGCCACGUUCGAAGCGGCAUUUUUGUGACCGCUGAAUGAACGUGUGGCCCCACUGUCGCCGUUAUUUCAGUAAACAGCACUACAGAUGCCUUAUUUCAGCGAGAGCUCAGCCCUUAAAUGGAAACAGUCUCUUGGAUUUGACUUUAAUUAAAAGGGAUUUAGUUUUGACUUCAUGUGAAUAAAAAAAGAAUAGUAAUUUUAUGACUCUUGAGUUUCUACUUGAUCUUCAGGUGUUAGAAGUUAGUGGUAAAGUUGCCAAGAUUUAGGAUUCCAACAGUUCUUUUUUUUUUUGUCAUCAUUUGUGUUUUAAAGGUAUGAGAUUAUCCACAUCCCCCUUACUUCUCAGCUUUCCCAUUGCUUUGUCUCAAAUAUUAAAAGCAGCUUCUCCCCGACUCCUCCGCUGGCCAAGACAGGGGAGCAGGGAGGGGGCUUGGUGUCUCUGACCGCCUGUCCCCUGUUUGCAAAAUUUUGCUCAGUUUUAAUCGUCCAGUUCCUCAACAUUGAAAUUGUUUUGGAGGAAAUUUUUAUUUUUAUUUUAUUCAUUUUUUGGAAAACCAAUAAAACGUCAAGAAAAAGUGGCAAUACUGUGUCCCUUUGUUUUAUUUUUUUUAUUGUUUAUCUCAACUUUUCAAAAAAAUGUAUGAAGAUUAUGGUGAUUAUUAUUUGUAAAAACCACAAAAUUAUGAGUUUGAACAUUAAAUAUCUUGUCUUUGAAGUGUAUUCAAUUGAAUAUUAGUUGAAAAGGAUUUUCAAAUCAUUGUAUUCUGUUUUUAUUUACGUUCAUCACAAUUUCCAAACUUCAAUGGAAUUGGGUUUUGUAGUGUGCACCCAAACCUUUAUCUGUUCCCUGUCUACUUGAGUAGUCCUGUCUUAAAGAUCUAGCUGUAACUUUUGAUGUCUCUCCUGAUAAUUGAAUAUUGAUCAUGUAAUCACCCUAUCACAAAGUAAUAGACACACAACCUGAAAAGCAGCCGAUCAAUUUGGCUCAGGGUUAAACUGACUGAAAGAAGAUCCUCCAUAUAUUAUUCAUAUACAGUUACUGUGUGCUGUUAGUAGUAGAUACCUAAAGGAACAGUCAGCCAUUUUUUAAAUACAAUUCCUUUUAUAGCUGAGUGCAAAAUAAACCAGAAAAUCAGACACUCGACACUCAUUGUACCAGAUCAUAGACUGAAAAAAAGACAAAGUCUCAACACAGUUGUUGGAUUUCAACAAAACCUUUUAAUUUCACUGGUACUGUUUAUAAAAUCAGCGAAUCUGCUUCGAUGCCAACUUAAACAUGGUGUGCAAUAUGUGUUUUUGUAGGAAUUGUGAUUUAGUGUUGUGUGGAGUGUGCUGUGUAUGUGUAAGUGUAAGUCAGGUGUUGCGUGUAAUCUGUGUGUGCGAGUGUGUGAAUGUCAGAUUGCUUCAUAAGGCAACAUGCAGUCAUCAGUUUCCAUUGGCCUCAAAGUAAAAACACACAAACCUGCUCCAGACACAAACACACACACAAGCACACACACACGCACAUUGCUGGCAGAACAGGAUCUAUGUUAACACACAUAUUUAUUUAACACACACAUACAGUGCUUACAGACACACACACUGAUGCUGGGCAGACAAGCAGUGAGAGGCGACCGACAGGAGACGGAAGUCCUCUGAUUGGCUUAGACAGUUAAUGGGCGGGGCAUUUGGGAUAACAAGGUUUGGACCAGUAAGAGUGACGCUGACUACCCUUUAAAAAACAACUACAUUUCCCAGAAUUCAAGCUGGACAAAGAACUACACAUAAAGCUAGUAUAUGCUUAAACCUAAACCUUCAUUCUGCUUUCUCAGGGUUUAAAAUUGAGUUUUUUUUUUCAUCGCAGGAAUUUGGGCUACUCGCUUGUUUCUCUCAAUGGCAUGCACACAAAGACGAAAAAUGCAACUACGCAUCAACAACAACAAGAAAUGAUUGGUACCAGCUGCUUGCAUCUACCCUAGCUUUCUUUAACAAUUUCCUACAGCUUUGUUUAAUAAAACCCUAACUUAACCUAACUGGAGCUUGAAACAUUAAAACCAAAAGACAACUUUAAGGAAUAAGACUGCAGUACCUCUAGUGUCCACUUGAGGCAGACCUUAAAAGCCAAAGAAUCCUGAUAAUCGUGUCAUCAGAAUGAAACAUGUAUAAAUAUUGGUUUCUUAUUGGCCUCUUUCUGUAUUCAAAAGAUUUGUUGGGGAGAGAAUUCAUGCUACAAGUCUUGCAUAAUGAGGCGUUAAAAAGGGGUGUGGCUAAUUUGACUGACAGGUGGCGCAGUGUACAUAUUGGCCCGCCUUAUCUCUGCCUGUUUUGACUUUUCCACUGCUAUCGUUGGGCUUCACAGCACAUCAUUGACACUUCGUUCCGAGUCAGUUUGUUCAAUUGUUACAAAAUUAGCGUGUAGUAUUUUAGAAACCAAGCAGUUAAAUUUGAAACAUUUCCUUUCACAGUAAAGGUGCAUGCUUUGGAUACUUGUAAACACUUUUCUCACGCGGUUCGAUAAACGUGAUUUUUUUUGGUUCUAUUUAUGUAGAAGGGAAUCGUCAUGGUUUCCAUGAACAAUUUGGUUCUUAUUUUAUAUUGCUUUGGAGGUCGUUCUCUAAAAAUGUUUAAUUUGACGCUACAUGACGCCAAGUGGCUCAACUGCUUUUGUUUCCCCCAUGCACCACUGAUCAAUCAAGUUGUCGACCUGACAGCUAAGAAAAAGUGAGCGCUAUGUAUUGCUUCCUAGUUGUGUGAUAACCCUGUUUCUAAUAAAUGUUCGAGGCCAAACACACACUAAGCCGAACGAAGCUACACAAAACAGCUGCUACUCUACUGUUACGACACGGGACGAGUCAUUCUACACACGUUUUCAUGCAGACUAUCUUAGCUAACUAACUACUGCACACACACACAACAGAGUGAGACCUGUUCGUCACGCCUGGCGGGAUUUAUUUGAUUCACCGGCAGCUACACAUGCACACACAUUUUGAAGCUAUGAUGGAGAGAAAGGCAUACCAAGAUAGGACCACACACCCUCACACACCCUGCCUCAGUCACACAGUGAGUCAUUGUUGUGGUUUGCCCAGUGUGUGCGUCUGUGCUGGCAUCGACUUUAGAAACUGUAUGUGUGUGUUUAUUGCAUGUGUGGAAUGAAGGUGUAUCUCUUUUGUGUGUGUGUGUGUGCGUGUGCGCGCGCAUGGUGUGUUUGUGUGCAAGGUUUCCCUAAAGGUUGUUAGGCGUGUGGGAGGAGGGGGCGGUAACAACACCAGGAUUCAUAUCAGGACGACACUAACACUCAGGUGAGGCGAGGGUGAGAGGGGGCAGUGGAAGAGAAAAAGCUACAGGCUGCAGGAGGGUGAGGAUAGGUGGGGUCUUGGGGAAGGCAUCACAAGGGGUGAGGCAGAGUGGGUGCAAGGAGAGUGGGGGGGCUCAGGUGCGGCAUCCGGAAGAGUCUGUUUGAGUUGAUUUUGGUUCUGUAAAGUCACAAAAAAAUAUGUAGAACAUCUGGAGUCUGGUAGAGCGAGGCGAAGGGGAGCGAGGGGCCACCGGAGAGCACGGGAGGGGAGGUCCUGAAGACGACUAAUACCCCUUGAAAGAAACAAAGAAAAGAUAGAAUCAUCUUCUCAGUGAUGGAGGACUUGUUAAGAUGCUUCAAAGUCUCCAAAUGUAGUAUAGUAGUUGAAGCCCUCAUUUAUUCUUCAGAAACAUUUACCAGUUAGAGUCUGGGAGGAAGACACCUUUUUACCUUUAAAGCUCAGCUUAAAGGUCCUUUCACACCGGGACCGUUGUUGUGUGAUUAUUUCGGAUUUCAAUAUUUUUUUCAAACCCAUAUCCUGUCAAUACAAGUGUUCCCAUCAGCGACGUUCUGCCGUUGUGCGAUAUUGCGGAAUUUUUUUUUCAGAUGGUCGAUUUUUCCAAAGUUUCGCAUACUGUGUGUCCACUUCUGACCAAUCAGAUUGUGUGUUGUUGCGACGUCUGAUUCACCGGUAUAUCCAACAUGGCCGACUGGCUGAUUGUUUACGUGUCAGAGAACAGAGUCCUUUUUGAUAAAAAACACAAACAUUACAAAGAUAACAACUUGAAGGACAACAUUGUGUCGGAUCUUUCAUACGAUGAUGGUUUGUGUGCUUUAACAGUUUGCUAAACGUCUUUGUUUUAACUUUCAUCUGCGCUAACGUAUGCUAACGGUUGUUACCAUAGUUUCAUGUGCUUAUCUUACUGCCUCUGAUUGGCUAUAAGUGCUGACCAUUUGGCUUGAGUGUGUGAUGACGUUUCCAGCUUUUCUAGCCAAUCAGAGGCGAAGGAGGCGGGACUUUCCCUGGGAAAAGUCUUCCCCAGGACUCGUCUUUUACCCCUCGGAAAGUCGCAAAAUCGCAUUGGGCUCGAUGUGUAUAGUCAGGCGCAUCAAAAUUGACCUCUGAAUAUUUAGUAAUUUCGCGUUCUAUAUUCGCGUCGACCCCGGUGUGUAAGGACCUUAACACCGAAGUUCAGCUGUAGUUUAAUGCACUUUCUGUCCAUAGUAAAAACAGUCUAUGGUCAAGGCACGUUGACACAGACUUGUAAUUCCUCAAGCUUGAACUUCACUAAUGUUAUUCAGCAAGAUGACAUUAAUGAAGUUGUCAUCUUGCAAAACUUGCAAAACUUGUUUUUUUAUCUUAUGUUUUCUUUGUACAUCAAUUUUAGAGGUUUAUUUCCACAAUACCUAUCACAGACUUGUCAUGAUAUUUCAGUCAAGUUUAACAGAAAUACUUCAUGUUGAUGUUUGUAGUUUCUGCUACUAUUGAAUAUAACAAAUGUUGUAAAACAAAUUAAACAAAGCUUAAGAGGUAUGAAACUUGACAAAACAGAAAUGCAUGUAUUUGUACAUGUAUUUGAAUAUUUUCACCUGUUGAAAACAUGAUUGCUGCAUGAAAAGCAAAUCUUUCACAGGUUUAUUUGACUCGACUGAGCUGCUACUGCUCUCCUUUAAUCUCUAACAUGCUCCCUUACCUCUCCUCCCUCUCCACCCUCCAUUCCUCCGUAUUCUCCCUGCAAGGGGAAAAAAGACCGAAAAC